CAAGAGAUUGGUCAACAGAAAUCAUUCUCUUGUCCGACGUUUUGUACAGAAGUAUUAUUAAUUUUAUUUUUAGGCAAUAUUUAUUAGAAAAAUAAUGUGCUAAGAUGGCUGGGUUUGAUUACACUGGUUACAACAGGCCGUAUGGGUUGGAUCCUAAUAGAGAAAGCAAUGAUUUGUACGAUUCCCGCUAUCAGCAAAUAUACGGAUAUCACACACCUAUGACUGAAGAAUACCAGGGUCCACCUCUUGUUAUGGAUGAUAAUUCUGAAGAAGAUAACAAUGCAUAUGUUACAACAGCAAUUAGUGUUGCCAGUCUUAUCACUGAGAAUCUCCUCAGCCAUCCAUUUAUUGUGUUGAGAAGGCAAUGCCAGGUUCACAAUAAUCUCCGCAACUGCCAUAUAGUACCUUACACAUUAAUGCCGGUUGUGGUGCGGCUGCAUCGGCGUCAGGACUUCACGACACUGUGGAAGGGCAUUGGCUCAACUUGCAUUGUCAAGGGGCUCAACUUGGCUGUGGAAGAUGUGGUAGCUAAAGCAACAGGGUGGCCCAAGGAAGUUUCAAAGUGCAAUUCAGUACUGCAGUUCCUCCAACAUGUGACUUUAAAAUGCAUAAGCCUAGCCAUCAUCACGCCAUUCUACUCAGCAAGUCUGGUUGAAACAGUUCAAAGCGACAUAGCUAGCGACAAGCCAGCUCUCCUCGAUGUGAUCAGAGAGGGGUUCCUGCGUAUACUAGAGUGGGGAACGCCUAGCAGAGGCAGAAUGCUCCCUAUAUGGGCCAUAGUAGGACCGACGGCUGCUUUUGGAGUUACGAAGUAUUUGGCUCACAUAACUUUAAAAAGCAUAACGGUCCGUGUCCUCCGCUUCCAACAGCGCCACCGCCACGAGCUCAGCGACUCGUACAAUGUUAACUACAAACAGUCUCAAAACCCGCUCAUUGAGGACAUCAACUUGAAGGCCAACAUAUUCUCCUUCAUUACCAUGGAGAUAUUGUUCUAUCCUGUGGAGACGAUUAUACACAGGCUUCAUAUACAGGGCACCAGAACAAUAAUCGACAAUCUCGACACGGGUACUUCCGUGACACCGAUCCUGACCGGCUACGAAGGCUUCAUGGAUUGCUAUAACACCACAAUAGCCAAGGAAGGCUUGUCGGGACUCUACAAAGGGUUUGGAGCCCUCGUACUGCAGCUAGCAGCCCAUUUAGCCAUAAUCAAAUUGACAACCUUGGUUGUGUCAGAAGUGUCCAACCUUCUCAAACCUGCCAAGACUCCCACAAGUGAAGAUUCUGCUCACUCUCAGCAAAAAUACCUGUUUAACUAGAGAUUUUAGAUCAAUUUCGGGAUUUGUUUUAAGAGUAAUAUGCAGAAAUUAACUCUGUAUGCAAAUCAAUCAAUUUUUAUAUAUGCAUUGACAAACUCUCUGUCAUUGUUACUGUGGAGAUAGCUGAGAAAAGGGUGUACAGGCACUAUAGACUAUUAACUUGGUAAUGUGACAACAGGUUUACAAUUGUUACAAAUGUUCUUUAAUGAAAGUAAACUGUUAAUAUAUUGGCAAUGAAAAAUACCAGUUGUUGCCAUAUCUUCUUUAGGGAAGUCAGAGCUAUAUGCUUAAAAAAAUAAAGUAAUAGGUAUCAACUAUGGUUGAAGUAGGGCUGUCAUGGACAAAAGUUCAAAAACCCAGGACUUACAGAAAAAAAUUGCGUUUUUGCCCGGAUACUAUAGAAUAACUGCUGAAAAAUUAAAUUCAAUUCUAAUAACAAGUGGUUCUUCUAAAAACCUGUCUGAGGACUCAAACUAAGACAAAUCUGGGAAAACAUGGGUGGGCAGCCCAGUUUAAUGUUACACCGUAGUUACAUAGAAUGACAUAAGAGUUGGCUCAUGGAAAUUUCUAAAAGUAGUUUAUUGUACCGGUCCAUAUAAUUCUGCAAUUUGAUGACAAACUAGGGACAAUAAAGUCAUUUCACUAUACAGAUAUUUCCAUAAUUUUAGUUGCAUGUUGCUUUGUAUGAGACACUAUUGAUACCUGAUACUACCAAAGCCGAGUCAAAUAUCUAAACAUUAUAAAUACCAAGUUGACAUGACAGUCAUCACAAGGGGCAUUCCAGAAAAGUGUUGGUUGUGUGACUUGUGUGGUACUUUUUUUUUAACACUGAUAAAGCUAUUUGGUAUGAUAAUGUUAGAUAACUUAGCUUUAAAUUCAAUGAUUAUACAGACUUUUGCAGGUUAUCAUCAUGUCCCUAACAAAGUACUUUUUGUGGAUUGCCCCACAUCCCACAUGAAAUUAUACAGGAUGAAAAUCUUUGAAUAAUGUGUUUAGGAAUGUUAAGGGCCAAGACCUUUUCAAUGUCUAAUUGCUGAUUGCAACUAUCUAAUAAUUAUUAUUAUAUCUGACUAGGCACAAUAAGGGCUGAUUUAGACAAUGCGAGAACUCGCAUACGCGUUUCAUACCAUUGCGGGUUGAAUUGGAUGUAACCAACAGUCCGCAAUAUAACUAAAAUCGCAUGCAAGUUCGCGCGCCAUCUAAAUCAGCCCUAAACCUUUUCUCUUAAUCCCAAAAUCCAUUAUAUUGUCAGGUCCUUUCAGAUGAUGUAUAGUCAAUGUUUGUUUUUGUUUAUGUUUUUCUACAGUAGAUAGUUAAGUAAAAUGCUUAUAGUUCAAAACUGUAAAAAGUUUUAAUCAUAUAAACAAAGUUGGAAAAAAGAGAUUCAAUAAACAAUUUGUUGCUA